UAUAAACUUAACAUUAUUUACCUAUAAAAGAAAUGCACAGCAUUGACUAAUAAUAAUUUAAAAGACCGUUUCGCGCGUUGUCGUGCCUUUAAAAUGGAUGAACCGCGACCUAUUGAGAGAGAACUGUGGCUGUCAGGUUUUGAUGACACCUCCUGUCAAUGACAAACCAUGUUUUGCAAAUGAAGGAGUUACGCCGAAGUCUAGCAAAAGCUUAAAGGACACCGGAUCUAGCAGCACCAAUACAGACGCAGGCCCGCGGCCAACCGGUGGUGAUUGUAAUCCGGCCUUCGUUCUUAUUGAAGUGAAAUUGAAUAGGCCUUUUAAGAAGCCUGUCAUCCCGCGACAUAUUCCAAGAUACGAAAUCGAUGCAAUGCUUGCUGAAAUGGAAGCUGUUCCGUGUAAGAGAGAGUGCACAGGACGAGGUCAGUUAGAAAGAGACUGGUUAUCUACUGUAAGGACUGCGACUAACGCCCUUCGAAAAGUACCCUAUUAUGGAACAACGGACUUUUGUACGAUCAACCGACAGUUGGGCGGAACACGAACACGGGUUGAAAUGCACACGUCGUUCUGGCAAGAGGCUGCCGUUUAUGUCAAUAAUCAAUUCGUUGUAAGCAAUUUCCUGGACAGCAAUGAAAAGUUUGAAGAGAUGACAUUGAUGGCGCACGCAUUGCUGAUGAGACUGGUGAGCGAUUUCUUCUCCACCGCGGACACAGUGCAGAGUACUGACGGAUUGCUAAAGGCGGCGAGACACGCCCGUCAACUAAAAGAUAUACCACACGCAACUCAGCUAUUGCUACAGAUGGUAUCGAAGAAUAUGGAUGAUGCAAACCUAUGGAGAGAGCUAUCGACUUGUCUCAGGGACCUGGAUUCAAAUUGGGCUGAAGUCUGCUUGAAUAAGUCACUUUCAAUCAAUCCGCGACAUCCGUUGAGUAUUCUGGCAAAAGGCUGCAGCGUAUUCGAGAGUAACCCUGAUGAAGCCGAGCCAUUUUUCGUCUGUCUUCUGAGGCUCUAUCCUUUCUACAAGUCGCUUUGGGUUGUAGCAAGCGCUUAUUACUGGCGGCAAGAGCACUUCAACAUGGCCAAUGAUAUUAUUACCUACGUCAGAGACCUUGAUAGACAAGCAGUGGCUGAGGAUAUGAAACAACCUAGAGUGUGGGAGCACGAGCUAGGAGACUGGUGGGAUCCGACUCCUCUACUUCCAGGGACCAGUCCCUUCUACGAUGCCUGUGAUCUCCUUUUAAGAAUACGAGCCAUAUCUUUGGCAGAAAUAUGCCUUGCUCGUGCGCUGUCAGAUGUUGGUGAAACUCCAAUUUACUACCACCUGCUGGCACUGUGCUGUCGGCUGAAGGGCAAUGUGGACGACGCCUUGUGUCAUCUGAAUGUAGCCAUCAAAAAAUUUGGUGAUAUCAGUUACUUAAAGACCUUACAAGGCGAGUGUUAUCAUAAGCUGAAAGACGUCGUCAAUUCCACAGCAUGCUUUGAGAAGUCUGGAAACUCUUUGGGUGCCUAUAGUAAUCUCCUCUCGUUACCGAGGCGGGAGCCGCAGCGAGUAAGAGCUAUAUUAACUGAUCUUAUCAGACGACAGCCCAACGCUUAUGCUUGGAUGUACCUCGCAGAUGAUUGGUUAUCGCGUAGUUCUUUUGGAGAAGGGGGUGACGCUGGCAAAACGGAGGAGCAAAAAUCGUCCACAGCUUGUGCAAUAGCUUGUGCAGCAGAAGCUUUGAAGUUGGAUCGACAAGCUGGAAGGGCCUGGGCGCUUCUGUCAAACGUUGUGAAGCCAAGUGCGCGGAGACUGCAUUGCGAAAAUAUGGCCAAGUUGUGUGGCUACAAGAAAAGAUCCGAAGAAACGACCAAUUUCGAAACCGAGUCCAAACAAUCAUCCUGCUUUCAUCUGGGCACGGCAUUACGCGAGUGUCGAUGCGAACAGUGUAAACAUUUGGCGUUUUGAUAAUAAUUAUAGUUCUUGUUGACGAAAAAGUGAUAUUUUUUUUGCCUAAUUUUAAUCUACCACUCAUUGGGAAAAGAAAUGCCUCGGACAUGAGAAGAAACUCUACGGGAUAUUUUUUUAUUAUUGAAAUUGUAGUAAAAAAUGUAUGG